CAUUUUUGCAACAAAACAAAAUACAGAUUACGUAUUCACUUGGUCCGUUUUCUGGCUGCUCGAGCGAUAUUUCGAAAACUACAAUAGCUAUAGGCUUCCCGUUUUUUCAGUUUUAUUUGUGCGUUGGUGUCUGCCAUGUGGCUGGUGAUAUAGUCCAAGCAGUUGAUGAUUUUGUAUUUGUCGCUCUCCAACAAAGGAAAGAAGAACAACAAAGGAAGAAGAAGUGAAUAUAUUAAAAUUGUUACAUUGUUUCGUCCAGCAGGACCAAAGUACAAAACGUAUGAGUCCAUAGGAGGAAAUGGCAGUAGGGAUUUUGUGAUACGAUGUCUGAAGAGGUCGUUCACAAAUGACAUGGCUGAGUUGUGUUCAUGGACUGGUCAAAAAGACAAUUACAAAGUAGCUGACAGUCCAGUGAUGAAAAUAUUACACAGUGCAGUAAAGAAGACAACUGGAGUGUCCGAAAAGGACUUCGAGAUAUAUGUCAAGGAUUGGCUCCGACAUGCCAAACAACGGAAGGAGAGGAUGUUGAAAAAAAAACCAAUAAAUUAAAAUAUAUAUAGUAUUUUUGUAUAGGUGGUCAAAUGAAGAGCGACUCUGUUUGUUAAUUUUAUUAUUUUAUGAUAGAUAUAUUUCAUUUUUUUGUGACGUUUGUUUUUUUAUAUUAGAUUGAAUAAUUAUUUAUUA